GAAAGCGGGGGAGGAAAGCGGAAGCCGCGGGGUCUUCUAAAUCUGAAAGUCUCUGCAGCUUGCGCCGGGGUGUUUACGGCGCCGUACACUUAGACGCGGGUCUUAGAAGCCGGCGGGGGCUAAGGAGUUGUUGCCGGAUCUAAGUCUACGCGGCCGAAGUCCGCAGGGAUGAACCUUGAGUUGCUGGAGUCAUUUGGGCAGAACUAUCCAGAGGAAGCUGAUGGGACUUUGGAUUGUAUCAGUAUGGCCCUGACUUGCACCUUUAACAGGUGGGGCACGCUGCUUGCAGUUGGCUGUAAUGAUGGCAGAAUUGUCAUCUGGGAUUUCUUGACGAGAGGCAUCGCUAAAAUAAUUAGUGCACAUAUCCAUCCAGUCUGUUCUUUGUGCUGGAGUCGAGAUGGCCACAAGCUCGUGAGCGCUUCCACCGAUAACAUUGUGUCACAGUGGGAUGUUCUGUCAGGCGACUGUGACCAGAGGUUCCGAUUCCCUUCACCCAUCUUAAAAGUCCAGUAUCACCCACGCGAUCAGAACAAGGUUCUCGUGUGUCCCAUGAAAUCUGCUCCUGUCAUGUUGACCCUUUCAGAUUCCAAACAUGUUGUUCUGCCGGUAGACGAUGACUCCGAUUUGAACGUGGUGGCAUCUUUUGAUAGGCGAGGGGAAUAUAUCUAUACAGGAAAUGCAAAAGGCAAGAUUUUGGUCCUAAAAACAGAUUCUCAGGAUCUUGUUGCUUCCUUCAGAGUAACAACUGGGACAAGCAAUACCACAGCCAUUAAGUCAAUUGAGUUUGCCCGGAAGGGAAGUUGCUUUUUAAUUAACACAGCAGAUCGAAUAAUCCGAGUUUAUGAUGGCAGAGAAAUCUUAACCUGUGGCAGAGAUGGAGAGCCUGAACCCAUGCAGAAACUGCAGGACCUGGUGAAUAGGACCCCGUGGAAGAAAUGUUGCUUCUCUGGGGAUGGGGAGUACAUCGUGGCAGGCUCCGCCCGGCAGCACGCACUGUACAUCUGGGAGAAGAGCAUUGGCAACCUGGUGAAGAUUCUCCAUGGAACGAGAGGAGAGCUCCUCCUGGAUGUAGCAUGGCAUCCUGUCCGGCCCAUCAUAGCAUCCAUCUCCAGUGGAGUAGUAUCCAUCUGGGCACAAAACCAAGUAGAAAAUUGGAGUGCAUUCGCACCAGAUUUCAAAGAGUUGGAUGAAAAUGUAGAAUAUGAGGAAAGGGAAUCAGAGUUUGAUAUUGAAGAUGAAGAUAAGAGUGAGCCCGAGCAGACAGGGGCGGAUGCUGCUGAAGAUGAGGAAGUGGAUGUCACCAGUGUGGACCCCAUUGCUGCCUUCUGUAGCAGUGAUGAAGAGCUGGAAGAUUCAAAGGCUCUGUUGUAUUUACCCAUUGCCCCUGAGGUAGAAGACCCAGAAGAAAAUCCUUAUGGCCCCCCACCAGAUGCGGUCCAAACCUCCUUGAUGGACGAAGGCGCUAGUUCAGAGAAGAAGAGGCAGUCCUCGGCAGAUGGGUCCCAGCCACCCAAGAAGAAACCCAAAACAACCAAUAUAGAGCUCCAAGGAGUACCAAAUGAUGAAGUCCAUCCACUACUGGGUGUGAAGGGGGAUGGCAAAUCCAAGAAGAAGCAAGCAGGCCGGCCUAAAGGAUCAAAAGGUAAAGAGAAAGAUUCUCCAUUUAAACCGAAACUCUACAAAGGGGAUAGAGGUUUACCUCUGGAAGGACCAACGAAGGGUAAAGUGCAGGCGGAGCUCAGCCAGCCCUUGACAGUUAAUAUUCCACAGCAGCUCACUUAAGGAUGUCCCUCAGAGGUUGAACAGCUUCUAUGGAAUAACCAGGGAAGUGGUCAUUUGAUUCUACUAUUCAGGGUUUUAUUUAUGGAUCAUUUGUUGGUAUAUAGAAAGGUGGGCGUGACCUUCAUUAACAUUUCACCUUCGAGAUUCUAGAGUGGUAAGGAUGUCACUUAAGGGACAGUAGUACUCAGAAGGAGUUUCUUGCUCAGUUAAUCAUUUAGGAUGAGUCUAAUAGAUGAAAGGUUUAGCACCCUAGAAUUUCCUUCCAUUUGUUGUUCUUUUUAGAUUGUUAAGCAUCAUUUGUUAACACCUUAGAGAGUGGUUAGUGGCUUAGCAAAUGUGUAGAACUGUCACCAUUCUGCAACCCCUCCCCCCGUUUGGGGCAGAUCUGAGAAAAGUAUUGAGGUGGGGAUUUGGGAUUAGAGUUGGUUAGAUCUUUUCCUUAAAAGAAGGAAAUUUUUGGCCAUGUAUGUUUGUAAUGUAUCAUCCAGAUCCAUCUGUAUUUCUGUUCUUAGAAGUAACUGGUCCAAAGGUGAUACUAAAAUAAAUCUUUUUUUGUCUGAUCUCUUAGCAGGAGGAGCAAUCUCAGAACUGUUAUGAAGGCCUUGAAGCUCUUUGUUAUCACCCACUAUGCCAUCGAGUGGCUUCUGGACAAUGUGGUCAGUCAUUUGAGAUUGACUUUAAUUUAAAACAAAGGCCUCUGCCUCCCACCCAGGAGGUGGAACAAGUGAAUUUUAUGUUUGAAUGAAGAAGUGAAUUAUGGAAGAAAAGAAUAUAUCCCUGAUUUUCCCUUUCAAGCAUAAGUCCAAAUAGGCUCUCAGGAAUGAGGAUUUAUAAAGACAUCAAAUAGGAGAUUUGACUCAUUUAUAAUUAAACACUUGGUUGUGUUGCUGGAGAAAAGAUACCUGUGUUUUGCUCAUCUAACUCUUGCAUCCAGCAUCAUUUUGACACGUGAUUUCCUAUCUCCUGUUUGCCUUCUCUCCUCGAUGCAUGUCUUCAAAUGACUUGUUCUUAUCUCAGAUUUUGCUGCCAGUGUCCUAGGAAAACUUCUGUUGCAUAUUCUCUUUCUUUGAUUUUUAAACUUACCCUCUCCCAGAUAGCUCCUGUGUUUCCAUAUUAUAUUCAACAGUGGGCAGAAAAAAGGGCUUGAAAGAUUUUAAAUUUGCAGAAAAAGAAGGAAAGAAGGUUUCCUCUUUGUCAUACUACAUUUUGCUCAACAAGCUGGACUGUAAGAGAUUCAGAGUUUUUCCUUGCAUUGCAUAUUUUCUUCCAGUAUUGAUUCAGUCUCGUUAAUCAUGGUUUUUGAAGAUGACUAGUUUUAUCCAACUCCAGCAAAGAAUCAUCAGCAGUUUUUAUUACUUUACCUAUGCUGACUUCUAGAGUCGGAAACAAACCAAGAUGUUUCUCAAUAAGUUUCUUUUUUAUUGGGCUGGGGGAACCUGUACAAGGACUAAAGUACCCCCACAGUCAAAGCAGGAACAGCAUAGUUCAAAGAUCAAGGUAAAAUUUUUAUCAUUGCCUGUGGAAACCUGUCCCUGUCAGUCAUUAUAGCUUUCUUUCCUGUGUCCACGUUCCUUUCUCUUACUGUAUUUUCAGUCACUUCCUUUCUGUGAAAGGUUGCUUAGCUUUUAUCUUUUUUUUUUUUGGUUUCGCUGUUCUUUAAAAAAAGUAGUAGAUUGGAUGGAUGUGUACAUGAGGUGUUUGAAAUUUUCUGAAAAUCCAGAGUCAGGAAACCAGCUGUGAAAAGAGCUUAGUAGCCUCUCUGAGUAGUUUUUAGCUGCUCAGAAGUGCUUAUCUUGGAUCAUCAUUUUCUCAGUAUUUUCAAAGGAGAGUUUCCAUACUGUGCUUAUGGUGAAAUCUCUCGAUUGGUGGAUGCUCCUUUAGGCAGCCAAACAUGUUGAUUGCUUUUUAGAUGGUGGGCUACAAAUCAAAGUAGAACACAGCAAUAAGAGCCUCUCUGUCCCAGCCCAUCUUUCAGAACACACACACUCAGAAGUCGGAGAAAGAGCUCUCCCAGAGUCAGUUGCAUAACUUUAUCCAUUUUUAGUUGCCAUUGCUGCUUCCUUAAGCAGUCAUUUUGUGAAUUUCAUGUGAGUUAGACCAGUGGCUGAGAUUGGUAGAUGGCUCCCUAAGUGUGUUUCUGUUUUGCAGGGAUUAUUUCCAUUCUAGUUCUCGGUACUGCACACUGCAGUCCUGUGCAGCUGUGAUGCACAGGGUUUCUGACUGACUGGCAUAAAAGUAGCUGGUUUUUUCCACUGUGCAUUUGGGUAUUUAUGCUAUAUGCAGCUCCUCAACUGGCUGCUGAGAAAAUCAGUGUAAGCCCUGUCAGAUUGUCUCUGGCAGCAGCUCCUAGUAAUUAUUUAUGCUCUGGGAAUGUUUUUUCUGCUCCUAAAACCUUCUAUCCACUUCAUUUCUUAGUUUGUGUAAUAUAUGUAUAUUCUCUUUUUCACCUUUCUCAUUUCCCAAGCUGCCAUUUUGCUUUUUUGAAUGUUCUGUAGUUUUGUACAAGAUGAAACUUAGCCUUGGGUAUUUCUUGCUGAAGCUUUAAUGCUUUGUAAAUAAAAUCGGAUGUUUAUUAAAA